GACAAGAACUGCAAGGCUCCCAGUUCACAUUUAGCCAUCCACUCGUGUACAACAGUGAAUCAGAAAUUUGAAGGUGCAAACUCUUCAGCUUUUAUAUUGGAGUAGAGUAACAAGUAUAUAGAAUAUAUUCGACUAAGUGUGUGUGUGUAUAUAUAUAUAAUUACGACAUAUCUAUGGAUAAUGGUGAACCAACCCGUGAAGAUGAAGGUGUCUUAGUCAUUUCUUCUGAAUCGACCCCAAUCCCAGAACCAGAGACAAGAAUCCUCCAAAAUAGCUAUAAAUCUGGUAUUGUGCGCCGCCAAGCUCGCCUAAGUACGAAGCUGUUUCAUUGUGAUACCUGUGGGAAAGAUUUCUCCAGGAAGGAAUAUCUGCAAAUGCAUCAGAAAAGUCAUUUGCCUGAAAAUCCGUUUACGUGCAAAAUAUGUGGCAAAGAAUUCGACAGGAAUUUUCCUUUGAAGAAACACCAACAGACUCAUGAAACUGCCAAGAAACGGAGAGAGAAAUAUAAAGAGAACAGAUUUAAAUGUGAAAUCUGUGAUGAGAAAUUCACUGACCAUUCCAGUUUGAUGGUUCAUUAUUCCAGUAAACAUUCAAAUGGCAACGAUGACGUCAAAGGAAAAAAGGACUCAAUAGCGGAGUUCUCCUGCCAUAUCUGUGGCAAGUUCUACAAGAAAGAGAUUUCUCUUAAACGUCACAUACCUAUCCACAAAAAGAAGCCAUUUCAUUGUGAUUUAUGCAAGAGAAACUUUGUGUUAGAUAAACAGCUGCAAGAACACCAAGCCAAACAUGGAAUUAACAAAGAUUAAUUAUAAUAAUGAUAAAUCAAAGUUGUUGUUUACUCAUCUCACUCUUGAUUAAAGCAGAUUUAUGACUAAAUACAUUUGACUUGUGUUUAUUUCUUCUAUAAGUGCAGGCUUGGCUGUGUGGUUAAGAAGUUGCUUCCCAGUUGUGCGGUCUCCGGUUCAGUUCCAUUGUGUGGCACCCUGGGCAAGUGUCUUCUAUGUAG